AUGGUCCUCUCUAAGCCCAAUGAUGCCCCCGUGCAAACGCUCUUCGAUCUGACCGGCAAGGUCGUCGCCAUCACUGGCGGCGGGCGAGGAAUUGGUUUAGCUGUGGCUACUGCAUACGCUGAGGCCGGGGCCAAGAUUGCCCUUCUCUACCGCACAACGACAACCACCGUCAAGACAGCAGAAAAUAUCGCUUCGGAAUACCAGACCAAAGCUUGCGCCUAUCAGGCCGAUGUCACAGUGCCGAAGGAAAUCUCCGCAGCAAUUGACCAGAUCGUCCAGGACUUUGGCAAGCUGGACGUGAUUGUAGCCAACGCAGGCAUCUGCUCCGAGCACGCGGCUGAGGAGUACACCCCCGAGGAGUUCCAGGAUAUCAUGAACGUCAAUGUCAAUGGUGCAUUCUACACUGCGCAGGCUGCCGCAAGAGUCUUCAAGAAACAAGGUUUCGGAAAUGUGGUCAUCACAGCCUCAGUCAGCGCGACACUUGUGAACACCCCCCAACGACAGGCUUCUUACAAUGCAUCAAAAGCCGGAGUGCUGCAGCUGGCCAAGUCACUCGCCGUGGAGUGGGUGGACUUUUGCCGUGUCAACUGCGUCUCGCCGGGCUACACACAGACUCAGAUGAUGGAGUAUGCGUCCAAGGAGAUGCUCGACAAGUGGUUGGCUCAGAUUCCGGCCCGUCGGUUUGCGUCGCCGUAUGAACUCAAGGGAGUUUACCUGUUCUGCGCGUCGGAUGCGUCGAGCUAUAUGACAGGUUCGAAUAUAGUCGUGGAUGGUGGAUUUACUUUGCCUUGA